UCACCGAUACGACCGGCUGGUCUCCUUUGCUUGAUGUAGCGGUGCUUUCAUCUGUGGUUUUUAUGCGGCGAAAACAUUCACAGCGGUUUAGAAAACUAGUUUUAUUUUCGAGUCAAAAUGUCGUGGAUGAAGUGUGUCUCCUCCGAGGGAGGAGACGUUUUCGACGAGGACGCGGAUGAGCUCAAUGUGCAAAACAAUGAGUGGACGUCCAACAUGAAGAGACGAAUCCGGGACGGGUAUGUAGACGGUGUUGAUGCCGGAGAGGAGGCCUCACUGCAGGUCGGGUUCAACCUCGGUUAUCAUGAAGGGGCAGCCCGAACUGUGGCUGUUGGCCGUCUUAAAGGAAUUGUGAGUGCCAUAUGGUGCCGGUACCACAUCCAUCAUCCGGAAAACCCCAUCCCCGCUUCUGUGACUGACCUUUUGCAGCAGGUUACACAUUUUGAAGACACAACCCUGGAUGAUAUGAGGAAGGUUCUAGAGAACCCACCCCCUAGUGUAAGUGACAUCUCUGAGAGCAUGGAGGACUUGCAGGUGCACCAGGGAGAUUCUGGCUGUUGUGGAGAGGUAUGCAGAGAGGACAACUGUUGCAAGAAAAGAGAAGAAAUGGAUUUGGACGCUCAUCAGCCACAGAGGCUAUGUUCAGGUUCCACUGACUGUUCUUCCACUUCAGCUGCAAGUCUGCACCACCUCCUGCAGCGCAGCAUGGAUGUAGUUUUAGAGCUUGGACUGCCACAAGAGCUGAUCGGGCACAUACAGGAGCUGAAGGACAUGUAAUAACUCCUGGUCAGGGACCUAACAUUUGUGGGCAUAAGGUUACAUACACCUUGGCUAAAAACUUUCAAACUCAGUUUUCCCCAACUGCAAAGAUUGUUUUAUCAAAGGAUACAUUUGGCAAGACAAUUAUGUCACUGGUUCUGCAGAUAUAAACACAGCCAAAGGUCCCACAGUUUAAUUAUGCUGAUUAGUUGUUCGAAGCUGUUACAAAUACUGGUGGUAACUGUCAGUUUCUGGAAUCUCUUUUACUCAUUCAUGUAAGUAAACUGAUGAGCUACUGAAAAGCAGAUAUCCUGAAGAAAAACCCUAAAUAAAUCUGUCUUGUGACUUUUCCUUUAUAUGGAAAUAAAGUAGGCAUUAUAAUUGAUUUGACAUUAUUUGAUGCAAUGGAGUACAGUAUGUGCAAUAUAGAAGAAAUUUAGUGGAUGUAAACUUGAUUCACAACUGUCUAACAGAAGAGGUUUAAGUGAACCUUCACACACACGAUGAAACUGCUUUGAUUUAGAAUAUGUAAAA